AAGAAGGGAGUUUAUAUGACCCGAACUGGGCAACGUGUAGAGUGUUCCCCCAGUUUGUCUGCCUCGGGAAAAGAGUUCCGUGAGCGAGGGAGCACUCGCCCCUCCCUCCGACGGGGUGUCCCUCCUGGAAGUUCAGGGAAUCUCCGCCCUCUGAUCACCCACCUCCCUUUUUCUCGAGUCCCUCACUCAGGGCCCCUUUCCUGUCAGGGCAGAGGAAAGGUUGGACAGAGUAGGCCAAUUAGUACUGGAACUGAUGUGAGGCGCCCUGUUUCGUAGGGAAGGUUUAGGCAGUUAUCCCCACCUCCAAACUUCCGGUUCCGGCCCUCCGAAUAGGGCCGAGGCCGCUAUGGAGGAACCCGAGAUGCAGCUCAAGGGGAAGAAAGUCACAGAUAAGUUCACUGAGAGUGUCUACGUCCUGGCCAAUGAGCCGUCCGUGGCCCUGUACCGGCUGCAGGAGCAUGUGCGCCGCUCUCUGCCUGAACUGGCCCAGCAUAAGGCUGACAUGCAGCGGUGGGAGGAGCAGAGCCAGGGAGCCAUCUACACAGUGGAAUAUGCCUGCAGCGCUGUGAAGAACCUUGUUGACAGCAGCGUCUACUUCCGCAGUGUAGAGGGUCUCCUCAAACAGGCCAUCAGCAUCCGAGACCACAUGAAUGCCACGGCCCAGGGCCACAGCCCCGAGGAACCACCCCCACCCUCCUCAGCCUGAUCCCAGAAGAGACUUGGAGGUGCUUCAGCCCCUCUGACCCAGCCAGUCCAAACUGGGCCCUUGGACACAGCCUUGAGGAACUUGGCACGGACCGAAGACAAAGCAAGUAUGGCCAGCGCAUUCCUCCUGUUUCCGCCUGGGGCUUCCAGGCCAGCCAUGGGUGUCCUGAGACGAGGCUUUGCUGCCCCUGGAUUCUUACCUGCCCGCUCAUUGGCCGUGGACACGGCCAAAGCAGUGGCUCCUUGAACCAAUAACUGCCACCACUACAGCCCUGAUCAGGCACCUGCUUGUGCUGGAGCUGUCACAAGAGUCAUCUUUCAUCCUUACAGCCCUGUAAGGCAGGUGUCACCCCAAUACAGAUGGGAAAAGAGAGUCUCCAAGAGGUGGCAUGAUUUGUGCAAGGUCACACAGCUAGGGAAGAGUAGAUCCCAGGCUAGUUUGAUCCCAGCCCUGCCUCUGAUAUGCUGUGUGGCUUGGGGACUGGUGCUAACCCUCUCUGGUCCUGCCUUUCUCCAUCUGACAAAAAAGGCUGGACUGGACCCUCUCUCCAGGCUGAGGCAGACAUUUGUGUUCCUGCCUGCCUUGACAAUGUUCUGCUUUGAGCAGAAAUGCCCACCUCAGGCUCAGGCUAUAUGGAAAAGCCACCCUAAGUCCAGGGGUGGACAUGGGACCCUGUACUGGCUCAUCAGAGCCCCCCAUCUCCCAGGUCACAGUGAUUAAUUUGAGAUGGGCAUGUGGUCUAGUGAGAGGUCUUCCCCGAGAAUUUUGCUGGAAAAGUGUGAAAUGUACCAUCUUCUAUUGGGGUUGUUGAGCUAGGCAGAUGGAAGGGGACACCUGAGAACUUUUCAUGGGGCCCUGGAUCCAGCUGUACCUGACACUAGAAAAUCUUGAUUCUUCAAUUUCAUGAUUCCCUAAAGUUACUAUAUAUGCCAAAA